GGCCCCGGCCCCGGCCCGCGCCCGCCCGCCCGCGCCCCAUGGAGAACUUCCAGAAGGUGGAGAAGCUCGGCGAGGGCACCUACGGGGUUGUCUACAAGGCCCGGAACAAAGUCACCGGCGAGGUGGUGGCGCUGAAGAAAAUCCGCCUGGAUACAGAGACGGAGGGCGUCCCCAGCACGGCCAUCCGGGAGAUCUCCCUGCUCAAGGAGCUGAAUCACUCCAACAUCGUCAAGCUGCUGGACGUGAUCCACACGGAGAACAAGCUCUACCUGGUCUUCGAGUUCCUGCACCAGGACCUGAAGAAGUUCAUGGACGCGUCCUCCAUCAGCGGCAUCCCUCUGCCCCUCAUCAAGAGUUACCUGUUCCAGCUGCUGCAGGGCCUGGCCUUCUGCCACUCGCACCGGGUGCUGCACCGCGACCUCAAGCCGCAGAACCUGCUCAUCAAUGCCGAGGGAGCCAUCAAGCUGGCAGACUUCGGGCUGGCGCGGGCGUUCGGCGUGCCGGUGCGAACUUACACCCAUGAGGUGGUGACUCUCUGGUACCGGGCCCCUGAAAUCCUGCUCGGCUGCAAGUACUACUCGACGGCCGUGGAUAUCUGGAGCCUGGGCUGCAUCUUUGCCGAGAUGAUCACCAGGCGAGCCCUGUUCCCCGGAGACUCGGAAAUUGACCAGCUCUUCCGCAUCUUCCGGACGCUGGGCACCCCGGACGAGGCCGUGUGGCCGGGGGUCACUUCCAUGCCCGAUUACAAGCCCAGCUUCCCCAAAUGGGCCAGGCAGGACUUCAGCAAGGUGGUGCCCCCGCUGGACGAGGAGGGGAGGAAGCUCUUGGCUCAAAUGCUGCACUACGACCCCAACAAGCGGAUUUCGGCCAAGUCAGCGCUGAACCAUCCCUUCUUCCAGGACGUCACCAAGGCCGUCCCUCACCUGCGCUUGUGAAGUGGCUUCAGGGAGGGGGCCGGCCCAGCCAGGACUCUGCUGCCCCCACGCUGGCGCUGUCUGGCCUGUGCCUGUGUCUGGAUCCGUCUCCUGGGGCUGGGGCUGCCCCGGGGGGCCUGUGACUCAUCCUGCCCCUGCGGACUUGCACUUAGCCCCCCGACCGUGGGGAUGCUGGACGGGGGGCGUGGGGCUCGGCCCAGCCCAGCCCCCGUUGCCCUGGCUGGAGCUCCUAGUCCGUGGCUUUGACCCUCCCUGGAGGGCUUGGAUUUCAGCACCAGCAAUGGGACCUUGCUCGCUGCAGCUGGGAGCGCCCCCCCCCUGCCCUGGUUGAGCCCCUUCUCUCCCCUCCCUCGGUAUGCCCCCCCCAGCCUCUUCAGCGGAGCCCCCCGAAUUCUUGCUCCAACACAGGGUGAACCCCCCUGGAGCCCGCACGCCUCCUCGAUGGGUGGAAGGCAGGGAGGGUCUGGCUGGGGAACCACAAACUAGAUCCGCUCCCUGGCCCCGGUGAACUCACCCGCUUCCCCGCUGCCUGCUCCCAGGCCAGCACCCUGGAGUCUGCUGCACCAGGGCCUCGAACUGCAGCCGUCGCUGCUGGCAACUCCUGUUCCUGCUGCGGAUCGGCUGCCUGAAUCCCCAGCGGCUCUUUGGGUCAGGGGGGCCCACGCGUCCCCAACCGCUCAGGAAACAUGCGUUGUAAGGGCUGAUCCUGCAGUGUGUUGGGCCCGCUCAGCUCCCCUCCUCCCCUGGCAGGAUCUGACCCUAAGCAGGGACUCUGCUCACUUAGUAUCCCCCCAUGUCCCAUGGGCAGAAGCGUUUUGACCGACGGGGCCCGAGACCCUCGCACGUCCGACGCUGGCGUCCUCCUCCCCACGGGAAGUCUCACCAGGUGUGACCUGAUGCACGUGGCUUCUGCGGGGAAGCAGGUUCCUCAUCCGCUCCGGGGAAAAUCUGCACCCACAGGAGGGGGUUUGCUCUAAAGGCUUCACCCUGCGUCGGGUGGUGGAGCAGGCACCCAGCAGCUGAAACAUCCUUGCAGCCGGCUCUUCUCAUGGCUUCCCCGCAAGACAUCCCCCAAUUCUUUGCUCCCUGGAGGGCUUUGAAAGCAAAGGUCUUUGGCCCCGAAAGGAGCCCCCAACCUGACGGUGCUGCAGUCUCCUCUGGCAGAUUCUCCACCCACUGCAUCAUUGGCCGCUCAUUCUGUGGCACUGCCUAUGGCCAAGCUCGCUGCAAGGGGACAGAGCCUCGGUGGGCAUCCAUCAGUGGGGUUCCACUGACUUGUCAAUGGUGCAAUGGCAGCUUAUGCCAGGUACGGAUCUGACCCCACAAUCUGACAUACACCUCACUAGAACUGCUGCCAGCCGGGCUGGAGGGCUGGCUCCCGGAGGGGUGGGAUUCCUUGCCGCU